AUGGCAGACAAGAUCUCAAUCACUAUCUGCGGCGACGGCGGAUGUGAGGACUCGUACUCGGUAACCCGUACCGUCGACGGCCUACCCUAUUUCCUUUCCAUCACCGACACCGCCGGCCAGGAGGAAUACCGUGGGCUAUGGACCGCGUCAACGCUCAAGUCGGACGCGUUCCUGCUCGUCUACGACAUUACAAAUCCAUCCAGCCUACAGACCCUAGACCACUUCAUGGGUUUGAUCAACAUGGAGGCCGAGCAGCGUGUGGAGGACAACGACCGGCUCCGCCGCGAACUCGGGGCCAGAUGCGCUGAAGGAGCGCCGGUCGGACUCCCGCCGCCCGUGAAGAUCGUGGCGGGGAACAAGUGUGAUUUAAAGAACGGGCGCGCGGUGCCGUCUCGCGAUGGGCUGGAGUACGCGCGCAAGCACGGCUGUGGAUUUAUGGAGACGAGUGCGCGGGACAUGGUGAAUAUUGAGGAGACGUUUGCGCUCCUCGUCCGUCGUGUCGUCGACACGCGCCGCGUUCAUCAGCAACAAAGCACCCCGCGUCCGCCCCCCUUCACGCGCGGGACAAUCGGUGCAUACGACGGCGCUGCCGCCGAUAGCGGCGGAUGCCAGUGCCAGCAGGUCAAUGUUCCAUGUCACAUCGAUUCAAAACGUGGCUCUCACGUGGAAAGGAAUGGUAUCGGAAUAGCACGCCGGAUUCAGCAAAAUGCCAGAACAAUCGCAUCCACGGUUGAGCAGCAGCAGGGCAUCUACGGCCACUCACGGAAGACAAUCUCCAACUCUAUAUCGGCGAUCCAGGAAGAGUGA